AUGGCCCAAUACAUCAAUUGGUCUACUUAUAAGGCCAAUGGAGUGAACCUGGGCGGCUGGCUCUGCCAGGAAUCCACCAUCGAUACGACCUGGUGGGCAGCAAACUCCAAAGGCGCUGAGGAUGAAUGGGGUCUCUGCGCCAACCAAAGAAACCAGUGCGGUCCGAUCCUCGAACGCCGAUAUGCAACCUACAUCACCACGAGCGACAUCGACAAGCUGGCGAGCGCGGGUGUCAACACACUCCGUAUCCCAACGACCUACGCUGCCUGGGUUGACGUCCCUGGAUCGCAGCUGUACAGCGGCAAGCAGGUCAGCUUCCUCGGGAACAUAGCCACGUAUGCCAUUACCAAGCACCAAAUGCAUAUUAUCAUCGAUGUGCACUCGCUUCCCGGCGGCGUGAACGGGAUGCCCUUCGGCGAGGCCUCUGGCCACUUUGGCUGGUUCAAUAACCAAACCGCCUACGACUACUCAUUGCAAGCCAUCGACGCCGUCAUCGACUACGUGCAGAACCAAUCUGGCAAUCCGGAAUCCUACACGAUUGCUCCUAUCAAUGAGCCAGUCGACAAUAUCGCAUCCUUUGGCUUCCCCGCCGCCCUCACCGAUAACGGCGCAGCCUGGGUACUCAAAUACAUUCUUGCCGUCAACAGCAAAGUAAGGGCCGUGAAUGCCAAUAUUCCCAUCAUGUUUCAGGGCUCCUUCCGCCCUGUAUCCUACUGGUCGUCGAAGCUCCCCUCCACCGCAAACAUCGUGUUCGAUGUUCACAACUACUACUUCGCAGGCCGCUCUGCCGCUGGGGCCAACAUUACCGAGUAUAUCUGCCAAGAUGCAGAGGCUGCGGCUGGGGAUGGGAAGUUCCCUGUCUUCGUCGGCGAGUGGUCGAUCCAGGCGGAGCUCGAUAAUACCUUUGCAGGACGGCAGAAGGCGUUGAACACUGGCUUGUAUGCGUUCGCGCAAUACACCCGCGGUAGUGCGUACUGGACGGCUAAGUUCUCAGGCAACGCCACUGUGGACGGCGAGGGCACUCAGGCAGACUAUUGGAACUAUCUUUACUUUGUAAACAAUGGCUUGAUUGACCCGAGUCAGGGGGCUGGGGUCUGUUCUUAG